AUGGACUUUUUGCAAGCCGAAGAUCAAAUGGAUCUCGCGUCUACGCCAGCGGUGCCGCUGGAGGACGUUGACUUUGAGCUCGACGACAUUCGCGAGAUUUCGGCAGAGCCAAAUCAAGACAUUAUGGUGCAGGAUGAGCCCGAACACCCACUAGCAGAUUCAGACCUCAUGCAACCAUCGAUGAGUGAUCAUGUCGAUGAUGAUCUCAUGCUGGAUGAGGAUACGAUAACUCAGCAGGAUGUUCAAGCAGAUCUACCCGAGUUGCAAAUGGACAAUCACCUAGACGAUGGCGAUCAACUCGACGAAGAUGACGACAUAUUGUACGAAGAUGAAGAAGGUCUAGUGGAGGAUGGAGGCACAAUCGAAGAUUUGACGAAAGAACAAGGGAUGGUAGAGAUGGGUGCAGGACAUCCAGAAACAACCCAGGAGAUCCAGAGCUUCGAUAAUGUCAAGACUAAGCUACAAGCAACAGCAGACGUUGGCCCAUAUGCUAAUGAAGAACUCCGAGGAGCUGAAGAGACUAACAACAAUUUAGAGGAGCAACAAGCAUCGCCAGCAGGAACGAUUGUUGAUGUCAGUCAGGAUGGUAAUGCGAGUACGAGGCCAGGCAGUGAUAUUCUAAAUCAACAGCCAGGCCUGACAUUCUUGGAACACAACCCCAACAACGGCUCCGAAGCCCAAGCUGACAUCGACUUUUACGACGAAAGUACAACUAAUGAGCGAAACCAAGCCGAACUUGAAGUGAAUUCGAGCAAUGUGUUGUCACUUGAAGAGAAUACUGCUAGCAGCGAUGAGUCAAGCGCACAUGCAGAAGCAAGUGAGAACUUGUCCCAUGAUGCAGCACACGAUUCCGAAUCUCGUGUCUAUCCUAAUACAAGUUCGACCCCGAAGAAGGAUAGAGUAGGAUCUACUCUCCCAGAUUCAUUGCUCCACACCGUGAAGGUAAACUACCUAGGGACUGAGAUGUGCUUGUUUCCACCCACCGAAGAUGACGAUUCAGAAAUGUUCUUUCUUGAAGACCAGAGCUUAGCGCAGGAGAGCCUGAAUAAGAUGCUUGCAGCUUGCAGAGAUGUCCUAGCAAACACGAUUGGCCAAGAUGAUGAGUUGGUAUUGGACGUUGCAUCGCUUGGUCUGCACAUAAGUGAGGACUCUAGUUACGCAGCGCGACUUACCCUUUCACAAAUCAUCGAUGUCUACAUUGCUCUGGCUCAUAAUGACAAUGUCACUAACAUUGAACCACUAUCUUGCUCCCUUAGCAGUAGAAUUUCCCUUGCUUCUCAAUACGCCUACCUACAAGCCGCCGCGAACGAUGGCAGGACAUUGACACAAAUCCUGAGCGAAAACACCUUCGCGCCAUUGGAAGAGAGGGAAGACGGAGAAAAUGAAAGAGAUGGGCUUGGGUACCAACCGGCUGAAAUUCACCGUGAAGACGUCUUAGCAAUGUCCAAGGGCACGGAUGGAGUGGCUCUUGAGAACCAGCAAGACAGCGAUCUGCUCAACUCACAGCCAGACGCGAUACAUGAAUCUAUGAACGCCGGAAUCACUUCUCCCGCAGGGGUCACCCGCCAUGAAUCCGAAAUUGGACCGUUUGAAGGCAACGGAGAUGAGCUAGGAGUGAACAAGAACGCCGAGUCAAGGGACUCAGUGCUACACGAUAAGGAGCAGGAGUCAAGCUCGGCAACCAAAAGAGACAUCGAAGAUAUUAAAGGUGAUUAUGACACCUCCCUAGACUUUUGUUUCGGGCCUGGUAUUUGUUCAUGUUCCUCGUGUGCCAACAAGAUUACAGAUACCACCACCUCACCGUUCGACAACCAAAACAAUGAGGAAUCCACCGAAGACCUCUUUCACAGUGAUGGCGAUGCCGCGAAAGAUUUCAGCCUGGUCGAGUCAACGUCUGCAGUGGCUCAGGACGACGUGGAAGAGUCAGAUAUCGGAAGUAAUCCGCAGGAUACGGUAAGCUCAAGGACCGUAGAGGCCGAGGACAACCAGUUUGAGGAAGACAUAUUCUCUCAAGAAGGUCAUACUUCUGGAUACGACAACAGCAACCUUACAGCAAACCAAGCCGAUAAUGUCGAGAAUUUCGAGAACUUCGAGGUUGAAGAACAGGACUUAGAUGAGCCAGAUUUCAGAAUCCAUAGCACUCAUGGUCGUCAGCCAGAGACAGGGAGUAAAACAAAUUUCGGCCAGCCAGCGGCGGUUUCAAAUCUCGGUGUAGAGGACAAUGUGGAAUUGCCUAUGCAAAAGCGUGAGGACAACCAAGGAAAUAUUUAUGCCGAAGCUGACGAUAAGCUUCUGAAUUUCGACGAUGAACAAGGGGACAAUAGAGUCAAGGAGGAAGAUCGAGAGUCAUCUUCGUCCGCUUAUCGGUUCGAUGCAUCAGAACACGAAGCAGUCCCAAAACGAGACGCUUUAAAUGGCUUCACCAAUAGUCAUGACACGACCAGUGCAAACCACAAUAAUCCUUAUCGGUUCGAGAAGGACGCGUCAUCGAAAGCCCUCAGACACGACAGGAGGCAAUCGUCCCCCGGGCAAAGCCAAAUCAAUACUAAAACAGGACCUCAAGAAGCUGCCCCAGCUAUCCCAUCGGGAGGUAUGAAUGGUUCCAAGCGCAAAGCUUUAGAGGAAGAAGAUGAUGAUGAUUUCGACCUGUUCGACACUACACCAGACAAAAAGCGGCGGCGUCCAUCCUGA